GCACAUGACCAGGCGUGUUUACACCUGCAGUGACACAGACACACAGCGCAAACACUCACUGUGCCGCUGACAGGGAGCCUUUUGUUUUGACACACACAACAAGCAAACGUUGUCGUGAGAGGGACUUGUUUAGCGGACGCUCACUGGGACUUGCUCCAGGUAGCCUCUGCCCAUCUGUGCCCCAGGAGGGAAGCUUCAUUCUCAGCCUCAGGCUCCUGGAAGCCUGCCCUUCUGUUGUCCACCAUGGACGAGACAGAUGUGGAACAGGUGACCCUGGCUCUGCUAGAUGCAGCUACCGAUAAAGACUCAGAGGUCCAAGAGCAAGUCAGGAAGUCUAUGUUGACUUUGGGAAAACAGCAGCCAGACAGAGUGUUGGCCAUGUGUCAGGACUACCUUCUGAAACACCCAAAGUUGCUGGUGACCCACAGAGUUGUGAUUCUUCAGACUAUUGAGCUGAUUGUGGGCUGCAGGAUAGAGGAGAUCAGUUACUCCAAGAUAAAGAGCAUCAUCUCCUUGGCCUCAGAUGAGAUGACCCGAUCAAAGGAUGUCAUCCCUGACUGGCAGCAGGCAGCCAGUAAUAUAUUGGUCGCUGUGGGUAACAAGCACAUCAAUGACAUCAUGGAGGAGAUACUGAGCAAGUUUCAGCCAGGGCUCCUACCUCACUUCUUUGUAGUCCAGACUCUAGCCAACCUUUCGGAUUCCAAUGUUUAUGGCAUGGUCCCCUUCCUGAAUGCUAUUCUGGGCACCAUGUUGCCCAUGUUGAACAUGGCCAAACAGGACAACAUGAAGUGGGUCUUCUCUUCAGCUCUAUGUCAUUUCAGUGACAGUAUCUUGGAGUACCUUGCCAACCUGGACAAGGCUCCAGAUCCUACUGUCAGAAAAGACACAUUCUCCAGUGAAAUAUAUGCUGCCUUUGACAUCCUGUUCAAUAAUUGGUUGCAAAGCAGGGAGUCUAAGUUGAGGCUGACAGUAGCUGAAGCACUGGGCUCUAUGUGCCAUCUAAUGGCGGGUGAUAAACUGGAGGAGCAGAUUCCUAAACUCAUUCCUGCCAUCUUGUCCCUGUACAAGAAAAACAAUGAGCACUAUAUCAUUAGCAAGAGUCUUUGCCAAGUACUUGAUGCUUCAGUCAACAUGGGCAGCAGGGUGCUGGAGACACAGCUGGACAGUCUGCUCUUUGCACUGCAUCAACAGGUGUCUGCCCCUGUAGAUUACAGUAACCCUCCUACUAUCAAGAACCACAACGAGGUCCUUCGCUGCUUCAGCAUACUAGCUAUCUCCUUUCCAGACCGGCUGGUCAUGUUUGUUCUUCAGAAGUUGGAGAACAGUAAUGAGCGAAGCAGGGUGGGUUCCCUGGCUGUCCUCCGUCACCUCAUCAACUCCACCACUUCCACGAUGGAGGGUAAGAAACUACUGAUUCUGGCCAGCAUCAGACAACCAAUGGCUGAUCACAGCAACAAGGUCAAGAAGCGUGUGGUCCAGGUGAUAAGUGCAAUGGCUCAUCAUGGCUACCUGGAGUUAGAGGGAGGGGAGUUGUUGGUUCGAUUCAUUGUUCAAAACUGUGCCUUACCUGACACAUAUCAGCGAAGCCACAGGCCCACAGAUCCAGAGGAGGUGACUAAUGAGGCACUGAGGACGAUGUGCGACAACACCCUUCAUCUCCUGACCACAACUGUCGGACGACUAGCUGAUGUGCUAUGGCCAAAGUUGUUGUACUAUCUGACGCCUCCACAGUUCAGCAAUGCCACCACUCCUCUGUGUAAGAGUCUGAUAGUGCUGGGCAACAAGAAGAAAAAUAACCAGGAGCCCAGCUUCAACAUAGACUUUACACAAGAAGUCAAUCUGCCCUCUCCUCAAACACUAAUGGUCAGACUGCUGGUGAAUGCAGCAUUCCCGUUCAGAGACAGAGGUCAUGGAGCUCCGUCCCUCUCUCUCCUUCAAACGCUCAGUAACAACAUUCACCCCAAUACAGAGACAUUCUGGGAGAAAGAGAUACCUCCUCUGCUUUCUAUUCUAGAGGAGUCAACGGCAGAGAGCCUGGAUAAGAAGCACUGGAAUGAAAAGUUGUUGAAGCUUUUGUCGAAAACUCUGGCUACUAUUGAUGAUGACAAGUGGGUGUGUCAGUUAGCAGCUGAGGCAACAAGGUACCUCUCCACAUAUAACAACGCCAUAGAGGAGAAGAGUUUCCUGUACCAAUGUAUAGGAAUGACUCUCCAACAGAGUUUCAAUAAGGAGGUGGUUAGAAAACAGCUACAGGAAGUCCUGCUCACAGCACGACACAAUGAUGCUGUCGAAAGAGAGGGAGUUGCAAUCGGCGUUGGUCUUUGUGCCAACAGUCACUUGGAGGGAACUCUGGCAAAGCUAGAUGAGUUUGGCAAGUCGGACGCCUUCAAGAAGUCACCAAGCAUCUUCAACCUUCUCAAAGAGCGUAAUGAUGUGGAGGUGGAGAAGGUGAAAAGCACAUUAAUCUUAUGUUACGGUCAAGUGGCUUUGAACGCACCCCCAGAGAAGAUUCUGAACCGCAUUGAUCAAGAUAUCCUUCGCAGUAUCAGUAAACACUUCAAUACCAAGGUUCUGGGGAUUAAAGUAGAGACAAAGGACUUGACUAUGAAGCUCAGUUUGAUCCAGAGCGUCGGGCUCAUCGCCAAAGCCAUCAGCGAGUGUGUGAAGAAACAAGGCUACAUCUUCACUCGCAAACAGGAGCUCAUUACUGUUAUGCUGGAUUUUAUCAAGGCGGAGCCAGCGGAUUCAUUGAGGACUCCAGUACGCCAUCUUGUGAUGACCACCUGUGCUAACCUAAUGCCUCUGGAUCCUGUGCUGAGUGAGAAUGAGAGCUUUGAUUUGUUAAAGGUGUGUGUGAACAGUGUGCUCUCUCUGCCACCUGAAACACACACUCCUGAGAAAACUAAAGAAGAAGACAUACUGGACCCCAAGCAGAGGAAGGCACUGUACAAAGACACAUUGGCUGCACUGCAGGAGCUGCUCAAAAGUGUACUGGCCAGGGACCCCACACCUGACGGCCUUCAGAGUGUCUUCAAGCACAUUGAAUCAUGGCUGAGCUCUGGACAGGACCACGAGAGAGAGAGAGCCAUCACAGCUACUGCUUAUAUACUAGCUUACUACCUGGAUAACCUGACUGUCAAGAACAUGGUGUCUUUCCACAACCUUGGAGCUCUGCUGGGUCGUCUGUCUCCACGAUGUUCUGACCCUCACCCAGCUGUACGCACUGCUGCUAUUGACUGUAUAUACACACUGCUUUAUAUACAGCUACGCUAUGAAGGGUUCUCCCUUGAUCAUAAGGAUGAAGCUGUUGACAGUCUGUUGCCACUAAAAGACAGACUGGAAAACCCAGACCACUCAGUUCUAUACAAAGCCUGCUCAGAUCUCACCAAGGUAAUGAGUAAGCGUCUGCCUCAGCAGCAGAUGACGACGUUGGUGUUCAUGUUGUUUGAAGGGCUGGUUGACAGUCAGACAAACUGCUGCAGAGCUUCAUCUGUCAUCUUAAACACCCUGCUGAAGAACAGAGGAGGAGGACUUCAAGAGCUGGUCCCAGAAAUGCUGGAGGUGCUACAUGUACGUCUUCAGAGCAUCACAGAGGAGCAGGUGAGAGUGGCAGCAGGACAGACGGUACUAAUCCUGGCUUCUCAGCAUCUUCAGAUUGUUGUCAAUACACUAGUUAACCAACCACUUCCUUUUGACAGCUGGACCAGUGAGAUGUGGAUGGCCUUAGGAGCGGACCCCAUUGUAGCCAGUCAGAUCAUUGAGAUGGUGAUGGAGAAGAUUGCCAUCAUGGCGCCCUACAUCGACAGGAAGGAGUCGAUGAUCAGAGGAGGGACAACAAAGGUGGCCACCAAUCAGCCACUUGCUAUGACAUGUGGUCUCAAAGAACUGUUACUAAAUGGCCAGAGUCAGGAGCCGGCAGUCACUCAGUUUCCUCGGCUCUUCUCGUGUCUCACUGUCAGACUGGGAGCAAGUGUUGGAGUCUCAGCACCAAAGGACAACAACACUAAACAUACUGUGUCUGUCCAUGUUGCGGGGGUAGCAGCUGAUGCUCUGCGAAUCUUGUUGGCACGGGCCCAGUUGGACGAGGUCAUGAAGAGGCUGGAUGAAGAUAAGGCCUGGGACUUAAUAAAAGAACCAAAUACACACAUUACUGGAGUUACACUGCUGGCCAGGGCGAUGUCUAAGCAUGCUGGUCCCAGGUUGCCCUCUAUUGUGGAGUGUCUUUGUCCCUCAUUGAACAACAUCUAUGAAUGCCAGAGAGUCACUGUCACUGCUUUCUUCGCUGAGCUCCUAAACCAUCACGUGGUUACGGAGUUGAUGUUAAUAGAUGUCUUAAUGAACAACAUGAUGGAGCGGAUAUCAGAUCCCUGCUGCACUGUCCGCAUGUUGUCUGUGCGGGGGCUCGGCAAUAUAGCUGAAGGAUCACCUGAAAAGGUGAAUAAAUAUGCAAAGGAGCUGCUGGCAGCCAUGAGUUCAGGCAUGGAGGAGAAAGACGAUCCAGGUAAGCUGAUUACGCUUGAAGCCAUGUCGGGUCUUUCUAAAGUCCUCCUCUAUCUGGACAAGAAGAAUGUCCACUUACUGGUGGUCUACAUCUUCAUGAAGAUUAAACCAUUCUUGGAAAGUGAGAAUGACGAGAUCCGCUGUGCUGCCAUCCAUCUCAUGGGGAACCUGUCCAAGUUUGGCUCAGGAGAGCCAGUGUUCAAAGACCAGAUCCACAAUGUUCUGGUCAGCCUGCUGUUACACCUGGUUGACCCAAACCCACAGGUGGUGAAGGCGUGUAAGUUUGCGAUGCGAGUGUGUGCUCCUGUGGUGGGGUCAGAGCAGAUCACAACCAUGUUUCAGAACCAUCUCCAUGAAGACAAGAGCUUACACUAUGGAGAGUUCAUCAACGACCUCACCAAGUACCUGAUUCAGGACUUUCCUGGCAUGCUGAACUUUUAUCACAUCUCAGUCAUCCAGUUCUUCAAGAGCAACUGGCCUGAGGUCAGAGCAGGAGCUGCCAUGUUCAUAGGCUUUCUGCUUGGGAAUCUUCCAGAGGAGCAUCUCUCUCACCUAAACAUGGGGACUAUUACUAAAGGUUUGGUUAUGCUGCUCCAGGAUCCAGAUCCUGUUGUGAGAGUGAAGGCUGCUGAGGCCAUGGGACAUUUCCACUGACACACAGAGACCUACAUACAAAUCUCAGUUGGUCACCACUACAUAGAAGCAUGAAAAAUGACUUAGCCACACAGUUUACAAAAACAUUUAGAAGUCACCAUUUAUUUGUGCAGUUAUUAUAACAGUAUUUAUCUAAUCCAACUGAAACGGGACCAAAAUAGGAUCAAAUGUGAAGCCAGAAGCCAAACUGAUUUACCAAUGUUACAAAAUGAAAAUACAGAUGCACACAUAUUAAGCAGUUAGCAGCUUUGUUUAGCUUCCUUUCACACUCAGCUAUGGUACUUGAAAGAAAGUGUUAAUUCUUAACGGUAUUUUAGUGACCAAAGACUGUGUUGCUCUAUACAGAUAGACGUUACAUGUUGCGUUCAGCGCUCUGUCACCGUGACAAUACCAGAGAUAUACUGUGUUCUAUCAAUUAAAGAUACCAUUGAACUAGACGUUUCUAAUGGUAAGGUUAAAAAAAUCUUAUUUGAACCUCAGUAAAGUUUUUUAUUUUAAAAUAGAUAUAGUUUCUUCAAAUAUUAUGUGAAAAUGAUGACAAUAGUGCACAUUAAACGUGCAUGAGAAUGAUUUCAAAUGACUAUGGCUGGUGGCUGAAGUGUGUGCGUGUGUGUCCGUGUGUGUAGUCAAACCAGCAUUUUGAGACAGUGUUGUGGAUGGUAGUUUUAGAUUGAAGGCUGUCUGUCCUAGAGAUAGUUCCAAUGUAGUAGCUCAGUUCUACUGUCCUGAAGACCCUCCCACUGAUUAACAUGGUUUCUUUCUUUUCACAAAUCAACUUUAAGCGUUAUGAAGAUCCAGUGAAACAGUUAAAAAUUGUGGUACAGUGAUUAAGUCUUUGAAAAAUUAAUGUGAAAUCUAAAAUGGAAAAAAAAUCACAGGAACUACAGCAGGACUCGAAUAUAGUUGAAGAAGAGAGGAUGGUUGCAGUCUCAUGUCUGUGUCCAGUUUCCAGACCAUAACUUUGUCAAAUCAUCCAGCAAUAACCAGUCAGUAACUACUUUUACUUUCUACUUUUAUAAUCUCUAACAGUAGGUUCCGCACUUACUAAUAGUCCUAAUAACAGGAGCUGUAAACAUGUGAGCUGGCUCCUUCUAAACUCUUCACUGUAACUUUAUAAACUUUAUGGACUCAUUGGUGCCAAGCUCGCAUCCACCUCUCAACCAUAGUGAAGCUGUUUAUAAAACACUGCCGCACUGGACACUUCCUGACGUAACAAUCAUUUCCUCGGUCCACUUAAGACGGCUGCUUUAGCAACUGUCUGUCUCAUCUGCAUGUAGUUUAUUAUCCAAUUUCACAUCAUGGGUCACUAGAGUGUUCAGCAACGCUCCCUACAAACAUUAAUUACCGCAAGAACAUUGGCUGGCAUCCUGUGGCAGCCAUCAUACACACACUUCCGAAUCAUUUUGAUGUGGUGAUGUUCUUUUUUUUUUUUUCCUUGAUUCACACUUUGCAUCUCCCUGCGAUGAAUCACUCUGAAAGAAUAUCCUGAUGUGUUGUCCGCUCCGGCCAGCAAACCAAUACAAGUGUUUUGGGGCAAAACAGACCAGUGUAGCCAUGCUGAAUACAGUUAGUGCCAAAUAUUCAUUGAUAACAUUUACUAUAAUAGCACUAUAGAGAUGCCAUUAAUGGUUUUCUCUCGCUAACUUUGAAUGCACUUGAUAUAAUGUCUUUAUUCCAUGAAACGGUGUACAGUUUUAGGGUACAGCUGCAGGAUUGAAGGCCUCCUGCUAUGAUGUAAAUAAAUGAGUGAGUGUCGUUAAGUGAGGAUGUCUCAACAUGUAACUUUAACAUUUCUGUCUCCAGUUUUAUUCCUUACUCAAAUGGAGGGAGGCAAUAUAAUCCGUUACUUGUCUUCAUUUUAAUUCAUUUGAUGACAAGAAAACCUCCAGUAGAGUCAGGUGAAAGCAAUACAUGUUUGUAGUAGAAUAAAUGAUUGCACGUGGGUCCGCCUUCCAUGUUUCUGUUGCACUUUUGAGCUCCGUCAUGUAGUCCCUGAUUUAGGAACUAACAGGCAAACUGGGAGCUGAAAUUGUUUAGUAUAUUUACCCAGGUUAAGUCAAUUUAAGGCACAUAUGGAGACCAUCUUUUAUGUUUUUGCAGUUUUGAAAACUGAAAACAAGCUGGUUGUUUGUUUUUUGUUAUUUCAAGAAAGCAAAUGUUUUACCUAAUUUGACUCAUUUCUCGUGGGUAGAAAUAAAAGGUACCAUCCAUGCAGCUAAUUUAUCAAUCAAAUAUUAAAUAGGCUGCCCUUGGAUCUGUAUUUGUCAUACUCAAUGUUUUUCAAGCAGGGACUCUUGGCUUCUAGCACUUUCUAACACUAUGGCUUGGUUUUGGGUGAAUGUUAAGUAUCAUUGUUCUCCAUUUUUUAAAGCCAUCAUGAACUUUAUACCAUGAUUUUUCAUAUCAUCUACCUGUUCUUUUUUAAACAUUGAAUGUUGUUAAUGUAUGUCCCAGUAUGUAUGACACAUAGAGGUGUGGCUCGACGUGUGAAUGUGUUCCAGUGUGAAUGUCUGCAUGACACUUUUCACGUGUUACUGGACUGAUGGCAAUCAAUGUAUUUAAAAUGAGAAAAAUAAACAGAUCCAACUAAA